GCCCGGGCCGGGACACAGACAGGAAAGUCUGCAGGGCCGGCCCUGUCCGGCUCCUGAGCCGCUGCUGCUGCGGUCACCGUCACCAUGUCAGGUCAGUGCAGCCUUGUCGGACUCAGCGCUCCCGAUCAGACUUACUGUGACAGACUGGUCCAAGACACACCUUUCCUUACAAGCAAUGGUCGAUUAAGUGAACAGCAAGUUGACAAAAUUAUCCUCCAAUUAAACCGUUUUUACCCACAAAUUCUCACCAACAAAGAAGCAGAAAAGUUCCGAAACCCCAAAACAUCUCUCCGUGUGCGUUUAUCCGACCUCCUGACCCACCUGCAGAGGAAGGGUGAAAGAGACUGCCAAGAAUUCUACAGAGCUCUGUACAUCAAUGCCCAACCUCUGUACGGCAGCCUGCCCAGCAGGAAGGCCAUGAAAACCUCAGAUUCCACAGAGCUAGACCCUGACAAGGAGAAAUAUAAUCUAAAUGACAGGGGUCCCAUGUUUUUUCUUGCUUGUUUCAGUGUGGCUGCAGGACUAGCUUUCUUGAUUUAUUACUGCUCACCAGAUCCCAGAGUUCUCAGAGGAGCCAGAAGAGUGAUAGGAUUCUCUCCCAUCAUCAUUGGGAAGCACCUCAGUCAUUAUUUGUUAGCCUACUUGGAAAAAGGCUUCAAAGAACCAUGAACCAAAUAUACUUCUCUCUGUCUUCUCAUCUCCUGCUCGCCAAUGGAGUAUAUAUAUCUAUACAGUGUAUCCGAAGUUCCUAUACCAAAGAUUGCCUGGCCUGACCUUGCUUCAGCAGUGACUGUAUCAUUGCGAGUAUAUUCUAAGAGUCAGCCCUGUAUCCCCUGCUUUGUGGUGGGAACAGAUCAUUUAUUUUUUUAAUGGCUUAUUUUUAAAUAUUUAUAACUUCAAUAAAAAUAACUUUUAAUUCAAA